GAUUGCAUGUUCCAAUAUCAAUUGAGAAAAUUCAAAGGCCCUUCUUUUUUUGGCGUCAUCAAUGUCGAGCGCAAAAUCUGAAAUGGGCGUUCCAGCAACCGUUUUCCUAGUAAGUUACUAAAGCACAGUACUACGCGACGUGCCGAUCCGCUAUCACGUGAGAGACUUUACGCAAGCGUUGUCAUCGUUAAUCGUUGAGAUACCUAUCAAAAGUCUAUAUUUUAUUUAAAUAUUUUCAGUUAUAACUUUUUCAUGUUAUAAAUGUAUAAAAAUAACUAUUUUCUGUGUUUGAUUAUUGUUUUGUCAUAAAUUUUUAAGUGGACUUGGUCUAUUUUUAGUUUCUAUUUAGCUUAAUUAUUACGUAAAUACUUCGAAAAUGUUUAAUGUUCGUCUAAAUUAGUGAAACGUCAACGUGAUGUCUCGAAUAAUAAUUUGGAUAAAAGUAAUUUGGAUGUGAAUAUAUAUACUGAUCCAUAACAUGUUAAAUAUGCAAAAACAAUUUGGUUCAAAAUGUUGAGUUAUCCGAAGUAUUGCAGUUAAAAAAAAACUCCAAUCUUUUAUAAAGCUGUAUUCAAUGUAAUUUUAAAGUCAUAUUCAAAUAAAUUGUGUUGUAAAAAUGGAGAAGAACUCAACUACAUAUGGGUCUCAAUCGAUGGAUUAUGUAAUAGAUAAUUAUACAGGAUUUGGAAAUUUUUCUGAUAUCUAUUCAGUGGAUAGCAAUCAAUUUGAGUUAUCGUGGUGGCAUCAAUUGGCAUGGACAGUAUUAUUUGUCCCAAUGAUUGUGGUAGCCACCGGUGGAAAUCUAAUUGUAAUUUGGAUAGUCAUGACCAACAAACGAAUGCGAAAUGUUACCAAUUAUUUUUUAGUCAAUCUUUCCAUAGCUGAUGCAAUGGGAUCAUCUUUAAACGUUACCGUAAAUUUCAGUUACAUGCUAACUAGUAACUGGCUAUUUGGUACUAUCUAUUGCAAGAUCAGUCAAUUUGUAGCUGUUGUAUCCAUUUUUGCAAGUGUAUUCACGUUGAUGGCCAUAUCAAUUGAUAGAUAUAUUGCGAUUAUCCAUCCAUUGAGACCUCGAUUGAGUCGGAAAACAACAUUAAUGAUAGCCGCCGGUAUUUGGUUAAUUAGCACUAUAUUGUCAAUACCAAAUUUAAUAUUUUUUACGACAACCACAACUGCUGAAAAGCUUCGUGACGGCGGCGAACGAGUAAUUUGUUAUGCUGAAUGGCCAGAUGGCAGCACAACUGAAAGUUUUCAAGAAUACGUUUAUAAUGUGUCUUUCAUGAUUAUCACAUAUUUUGUGCCAAUUGGUUUAAUGGGUUUCACAUACGCGAUGAUUGGUCAUGAGUUGUGGGGAAGUCAAAGCAUAGGCGAGUGCACGCAAAGACAGUUGGAACAUAUCAAAUCUAAACGAAGGGUAGUCAAAAUGAUGAUUGUCGUUGUCACAAUUUUUGCAAUAUGUUGGUUACCAUAUCAUAUAUAUUUUAUUGUCACAUCUCAUAUGCCGGAGUUGGUUAAGAAACCUUACAUUCAAGACGUUUUUUUGGCAUUUUACUGGCUUGCUAUGUCCAAUUCUAUGCACAAUCCAAUCGUGUACUGUUGGAUGAACUCCAGAUUCCGUCAAGGGUUCAAGCAGUUUUUUUCAUUUGUGCCGUGCAUCAAUGUUCGAACCGGAAGCCUCAUACGACGGGAAGUUGUCACCAGCAGGUACAGCUUUAGUGGAUCUCCGGACGCCCACUAUCGGAUAGUGCGCAACGGUAAUAGAAAAUCCGGAAGGAACCGUAUGCAUACCUUUGAACCAUCUUUGUUCCGACAACGGUCUCUUGAAGCCUCCGUCGCGGAAACCGCCGAAAAAAUCCAAAUGCGACAGCAACGGGGAUGGAAGCAGCUACAGCAGUAUCAAUACUGUGGGAACAACGGGCAAAAUGACUGCACAAAGAGAAAGUAUAAAUUCCGCAUCCUGACAAAAGGGCGAAAGGCCAAAGAAUACGACACCACAGAUUUGGAUAUGACGGAAGUGACGGCCAUGUGAAAAGAACACUAUCUGCUGUAGUAAAUGUCUACGUCUGAAGAUCAACUGUUACUUAGGAAAAUAUUAAUUGAAUGUGAUCUCAUUGCGGAGUAUAAAUUUGCUGGGCUGAUUAAUGUUAUUAAAUUGAUAUACAACAUGAA